UGGAUAGCAGUCUAGAGGAGGCGGGUUCGGUGGCCGCGUCUGGACACCCCUGCCGACGAUGCUGCUGCUGUGGGUGUCCGCGGUCACAGCGUCGGCGCUCGCGGCGCCGACCCCGGGAAUACAGGAGCAGAAGCUGCAAGUGACCCGGGCGCCCAACAUAGUGCUCGUCGCCAGCGACUCCUUCGAUGGACGACUAACAUUUCAACCAGGAAGUCGGGUAGUAAAACUUCCCUUUAUCAACUUCAUGAGAACGCAUGGCACCACCUUCCUGAAUGCCUACACAAACUCUCCCAUCUGCUGUCCAUCUCGUGCAGCAAUGUGGAGUGGCCUCUUCACUCACUUAACAGAAUCUUGGAAUAAUUUUAAGGGUCUCGAUCCAAAUUACACAACGUGGAUGGAUGUCAUGGAGAAGCACGGCUAUCAGACUCAAAAGUUUGGAAAACUGGACUAUACUUCAGGACAUCAUUCCGUUAGUAAUCGUGUGGAAGCAUGGACAAGAGAUGUUGCAUUCUUGCUUAGACAAGAAGGCAGGCCUGUGGUUAAUCUCAUCCCUGAUAAGAAUAGAAGGAGAGUGAUGGAAAAGGAUUGGCAGAACACAGACAAAGCGAUCGACUGGCUAAGACAGGAAGCCAUUAACUACACCAAACCAUUUGUCCUUUACUUGGGAUUGAAUUUACCACACCCUUACCCUUCACCUUCUUCCGGAGAAAACUUCGGUGCUUCUACAUUUCACACAUCUCUGUAUUGGCUUGAAAAAGUAGCUUAUGAUGCCAUCAAAAUCCCAAAGUGGCUGGCUUUGUCAGAAAUGCACCCUGUGGACUAUUACUCUUCCUAUACAAAAAACUGCACAGGGAAAUUUACUGAAGAGGAAAUUAAGAACAUUAGAGCAUUUUAUUAUGCCAUGUGUGCUGAAACAGAUGCCAUGCUAGGUGAAAUUAUUUUGACCCUUCGCAAGUUAGAUCUUCUUCAGAAAACUAUUGUUAUAUAUACGUCAGAUCAUGGAGAAAUGGCAAUGGAACACCGCCAGUUUUAUAAAAUGAGUAUGUAUGAAGCUAGUGCCCACGUUCCACUUUUGAUGAUGGGGCCAGGAAUUAAGGUCAACGCACAAGUACCAAAUAUUGUUUCUCUUGUGGAUAUUUACCCUACAAUGCUUGAUAUUGCUGGCAUUCCCCUGCCUCAGACUCUCAGUGGAUACUCUUUGUUGAUGCUGUCAUCAGAGGCAUCUGAAAAUGAACAGACACGCAAAACCCACCGUCCUCCUUGGGUUAUAAGUGAAUUCCAUGGAUGUAAUGCAAAUGCCUCCACCUACAUGCUACGAACCCGCCGGUGGAAGUAUAUUGCCUACUCUGAUGGCACUUCCGUGCAGCCUCAACUCUUUGAUCUUUCCUCAGAUCCAGAUGAGCUAACCAAUAUUGCUACAAAAUUUCCAGAAAUCACUUAUGCUUUGGACCAGAAGCUUCGUUCUAUCAUAAACUACCCUAAAGUGUCUGCUUCUGUCCAUCAAUACAAUAGGAAGCAGUUUACCAUGUGGAAACAAAGCGUAGGACAAAAUUACUCAACUGUUAUAGCGCACCUGAGGUGGCAUCAAGAUUGGCAAAAAGAACCAUGGAAGUAUGAAAACGCAAUCCACCAAUGGCUCACAGCCCACCCCUCUUCAGUAACUGUAGACAAUAAUAGAGCUUUUUCAAGAUAUGUAUGAAUAUGCUGAAAAGUAUUAAACCAAAACAGCCUUA